UUGAGGAAUCCCCCCAAUAAACCAUCUCCUAGAAGAGGUCCCUUUGGGUUUUCUGCUGCGACCCCGGGCUGCCGGUGCACCUGAGCGGCGCACCAGAGGGAGGGCACAGCCCGGCUGGAAGUCGCUCCCAACUCUCGCGGUACUUCCAUUCAGACAUCUUGCUUUUUUUUUCUUUUUUUUUUUAGUUGCAAGUCUCCGCUUGGAGGGGUUUUAAUAAAGCGCCCUGUGUCGUCUCGUCCCGAAGAGACGGCUUUCGUCGGCUCCCCUCCGGGUCUCUCUCUGGUGCCCACCCCCCCCCUCCACCCUCAGACGGAAGUGAGGCGGUGGGCGGCCCGGACCGGCCACCAGCCCCAGAGCGGCUCGUUUCUCCUCUCUCCGUGUCGUGCGUCAUUUUCAUCGCUGGGGUUUUUUUUGGGGGGGGAGGUUUAUUUUUUUCUCCCCUCGUCGAGGCGACAUGGCAACUCCCGCUGCGGUCAACCCAUCGGAGAUGGGCAGUGAGUUGCCAGGGACUGUUGCGAUGCCUGGAACAGUUGGGACAGGCCAGGUGAGGAUGAGUGGAGCCAUGCCAGGCCGUGGGGGCAAAAGGAGGUCAGGAGGAAUGGACUUUGAUGACGAGGACGGAGAGGGACCUAGCAAAUUUUCAAGAGAGAACCACAGCGAGAUCGAGCGGCGCCGGCGCAACAAGAUGACACAGUACAUCACUGAGCUGUCCGACAUGGUCCCCACCUGCAGCGCCCUGGCUAGAAAGCCCGACAAACUGACCAUCCUGCGCAUGGCCGUGUCCCACAUGAAGUCCAUGAGAGGCACCGGCAACACCUCAACUGACGGAGCCUACAAGCCCUCUUUCCUCACCGAGCAGGAGCUGAAGCACCUGAUUCUGGAGGCAGCGGACGGCUUCCUGUUCGUGGUUGCUGCGGAGACGGGCCGCGUAAUCUACGUGUCGGACUCGGUGACACCAGUGCUGAACCACCCCCAGUCGGAGUGGUUCGGCAGCACCCUGUACGAGCAGGUGCACCCCGACGACGUGGACAAGCUGAGGGAACAGCUCAGCACCUCUGAGAACUCCAUGACAGGACGCAUUCUGGACCUAAAGACCGGCACCGUGAAGAAGGAGGGACAGCAAUCUUCCAUGAGAAUGUGCAUGGGCUCCCGACGCUCGUUCAUCUGCCGCAUGAGAUGCGGCAGUGCUCCUUUGGAUCACAUCUCUUUAAAUCGUCUGUCCAACAUGAGAAAGAGAUACAGGAAUGGCCUUGGACCAUCAAAGGAAGGGGAGGCUCAGUAUUCUGUGGUUCACUGCACCGGCUACAUCAAAGCUUGGCCCCCUGCUGGUAUGACUAUACCAGAUGAAGACACGGAGGCGGGACAGACCAGCAAAUACUGCCUAGUAGCCAUCGGAAGACUGCAGGUGACCAGUUCUCCUGUUUCCAUGGAUAUGAACGGCCUGUCGGUGCCCACAGAGUUCCUGUCACGUCACAACUCGGACGGUGUCAUCACCUUCGUCGACCCACGCUGCAUCAACGUAAUUGGUUAUCAGCCUCAGGACCUGCUGGGGAAAGACAUCCUGGAGUUCUGCCAUCCAGAGGACCAGAGCCACCUGAGAGAAAGCUUCCAGCAGGUGGUCAAGUUGAAGGGCCAGGUGCUGUCGGUGAUGUAUCGGUUCCGUAUGAAGAGCAGAGAGUGGAUGUUGAUCAGAACCAGCAGCUUCACCUUCCAGAACCCUUACUCAGACGAGAUCGAGUACAUCAUCUGCACCAACACCAACGUCAAACAGCUACAGCAGCAGCAGCAGGCCGAGCUGGAGGUUCACCAGAGAGACGGGCUGACCGCUUAUGAUCUCUCCCAGGUGCCGGUGGCCAGUGUGGGUGGAGGCGUUCACGAGGCAGGAAAGAGCAUCGACAAGACAGAGGCCUUGUUUUCACAGGAGCGAGACCCGCGCUUUGCUGAGAUAUACACUGGCAUCUCUGGCUCGGGGGAUAAGAAGAUGAUGGUUCCAUCCUCCACAGCCGGAGGUCAGCAGCUCUACUCCCAGAGUUCUCCCUUCCAGCAGGGCCAUUCUGGCAAAAGCUUCAGCUCAUCGGUGAUCCACGUCCCAGGGGUGAACGACAUCCAGCCAUCAGGCUCAUCCAACCAGAAUCUCACUCAGAUCUCCAGACAGCUCAACCCUGGACAGGUGGCCUGGUCAGGCAACAGGCCCCCUUUCUCUGGACAGCCCAGUAAGGCCCAGUCCAGUCCCUUUGGUAUUGGUUCUGGCCACAGCUACCAAGCCGAUCCAGCUUCAUACAGCCCCCUGUCAUCCCCGGCCACUUCCUCCCCCAGCGGCAAUGCCUACUCGGGACUGACCAACCGCAGUACUGCUUUCGAUGUGUCAGGGGAGAGCAGUCAGAGCGGGGGCCAGUUCCAGGGCCGGCCCAGCGAGGUCUGGUCCCAGUGGCAGAACCAGCACCACACCCAGCAGGCCGGAGAACAGCACACACACCCCAACCCAAGCCAGACAGAGGUGUUCCAGGACAUGUUACCCAUGGCCGGGGAUCCUACCCAGGGAACAGCCAACUACAACAUCGAAGACUUUGCUGACCUUGGCAUGUUCCCGCCUUUCUCCGAGUAGAGCCUUUGGGUGUGGAUGUCUCUGUCUUUCUCUAUCUAUCUAUCUGUCUAUCUAUCUGUCUAUCUAUCUAUCUCUCAGACUUAAUCCACAGUGAAGGAAAAAGGGACCGAUCUGUGCGUUUCAUCUCAUGAAUCCCAUGCUGUUUGUCUUUCUAUAUAGUUCUUGAACACAAACACAGAAGAAGCACGCGUGCGACACGGCACGGUGAAUGUCUGGGUGCACGUCAUUUGCACAUCUAAGCACUCUCAUAUGCACCCACCCACACACAAACACACACACAAACACACACACACACACACAAUCACCUAGUUUCAGGCGUCAAGGCCUGCAUUAUGUAUCUUAAACAAGCAUACCUCGUCGCGGUGAGGGGGGAACCCCUCUGUGUAAGUGGUCUACAGAUGGAAGGGUACAUGACUAGGUAUGUACCAGCCGUCGUCCCACAUGAAACUGUGUUUACCAGUCGUUCUUACCGAGACCCUUCUCUUUGAGGUCGUCUAAAAAUGGCGGGUGAACCGCAAGUGUCCGUCCUUGACUUCCGUACCCUCCGUGGCUCACGUCGACCCGUUCACACAGCAAUCCGAGCAACUCGGCGAGCUGCCGAGAGAACCCACACUAUCUGUUUCUGUUUACAUAAAGACACGUACGGGUUGGUCUCAUAUUGCGUCACGAGUCACGUGACGGCGGCACGUCCGCCAUGUUGGAGGACAACGGCGGCGGUCCGUAGCGUGCUGUCGCCGCCCCCGCGCGACUCUGAAGGUUCUGUCAGCAGUCGGAGUGACGGGACGCGUGUCAGGGUGUGACGCACACGGGACCGCUGUGGUGGUUCGGUGUUGUACCGUGCGUGGCUCAUUUCUGCGCGGUUCCCGUAGUUCGAAUCUGACCCUGUGCGCCGUUCGGCCAGAACUUUGCACAGUUGAUUUUGCAAACUGCUGUCACUUUUCCUGUCUCCGUCUUCCGACCACCUUCGCCGGAAGUUACGGGGGAACCGAAUUUAUUUGGGAUGCAGGGCCGAAGCUCGCCGGCGCUGUCCGUCACCGCCUGGUGCUAGCUAGCUAGCUAGCUAAACUCCGGAGCACAACCCCAACACGGUUCAAUAGUUCACUUGGUCUGAAAAUGGCGAGGACGCCGUCUUCUCUCUCUGGAAACACGUUUAAUCCUUCUUCACAGCUGCACAACACGUUGACAUAGGUCCAAUAUGUCACAGUUCUUAGUAAUAAUAUUUCCUUUCACUUGCGCGGAGCUCCCAGUACCGUUCACGCCACACAACAACCACAACUUCCUCAUUCGCCCCUCCCUACCGACCAAUCAGAGUCCGACCCCAGAUCUUGCUCUUAAAGCUGUACACCCUUAUUUACCGCCACACAACAACAACCACAACUUCCUCAUUCGCCCCUCCCUACCGACCAAUCAGAGUCUGACCCCAGAUCUUGCUCUUAAAGCAGUACACCCUUAUUUACCGCCACACAACAACAACCACAACUUCCUCAUUCGCCCCUCCCUACCGACCAAUCAGAGUCCGACCCCACAUCUUGCUCUUAAAGCGGUACACCCUUAUUUACCUCCACACAACAACAACCACAACUUCCUCAUUCGCCCCUCCCUACCAACCAAUCAGAGUCUGACCCCAGAUCUUGCUCUUAAAGCGGUACACCCUUAUUUACCUCCACACAACAACAACCACAACUUCCUCCUUCCCCCCUCCCUACGGACCAAUCAGAGUCCGACCCCAGAUCUUGCUCUUAAAGCGGUACACCCUUAUUUACCAACACUGUUUUUCGGAGAGCGGAUCACAGCCGCGACCUUUUAUUUCCCUGCGUCAGUCCGAUUUUCGCGUAAAACCUCGUCCUUGGAAGCGCAGAUCGACAUCGAGAGCUUCGGCGUUAAACGGCGGCUGCCGAGGUCCAGCUGUCCUCCAACAUGGCGGCGCUGUCCGUGGUCAGUAACAAAAGGACACGUGAUUGAGACUAACCCAUGGGAACCGGUAUGACCCGGCGCGACCGUUGGCAUUUUGCACCUCCGGUCGGCGUCAUGGAUUUACUUGCAUCGUGGAUUAACUUGCACACACACACACACAGCACACACAGCACAGGGAAACUGACGUACAUAUGCGGGUCGGCACGCGCCGCUCUCCUCACGAGCUCAUGACGCUUAUUGUGUAAAUUUAAAUAUAUGUAGUGGUGUCCAUCUAGAGAAUACCCGGCUCAUGUGUAAAAAGGAUUCAGUGUAUAAAAAGAAAACAAAAAACGAACAAAAAGAUGAAAAACAAGAAGUCAUUGCAGACAAGAGUCGCUAAGCUAAGCUAAGCUAAGGCUUAAAGUGCACUUCACGAAGCUAAACGCUAAUCUCACCAGCCUGCUUACAAAAGGGAAAGCCGCCAUAGCCAUACCGUCCCAGCCACGCGCAGUAUUUACUAGUGUAGUCGAUGUUCUUCUGCUCUCGCGACUUGACUUUAUUACUUUGUAACCUUUUCCAACUAUUAACAAAGACUGAAUAAUACUUUGUAGCGGGGGAGCUUUUACACGAUAGAUUGUAUAAUGUGUCUCUGGCAGGACCGACGGGAGAACCUUGAACUGACAUUCGAGUCCUUUUGCUAAAAACCCGAAUUCGAUGUUUUGUUUUUUUGUAAAUAAUGUGAUUUUUAUGUCGACUCGUGUUACUUUCACACAGUACCUUUGUUUUUUUUUUGUGUAGGUUUUCAUGAUACCUUUGUGUGCAAUGUGAGUACAUAUUUAACUAUCGGUAUUUAGUUAGUCUGUUAAUUGUACAUUGAGUUCUAGACCUGUAUAAAUUGUGUAAAUGUGACCCAUUAUUUUUGUGUAACAAGUUGUGCUUGUGACAAUAAAUUCUUAUUGGUUACGUGGCUUCUG